ACAUAUUUCUUUAUAUAUAUGGACUUGUAUAACUCUUAGAAUAUAGUAUCAUUACCGAAAAUCUGUGCUUUAUUAAAUUAGUGAAUUAAGAUGAAAAUUUAUAUCAUUCUUAUAUUUCAUGCAUCAUUGGUGUUGUCCUCCAUUUCCAAGUUCAACUCAACAACAGAAAAUGGAGACAUGAAAUGCAAAGAGAGGGAGAGACAUGCACUCCUCACAUUCAAACAAGGUCUUCAUGAUGAGUUUGGCUUGUUGUCCACAUGGAAGAACAAUCCAAAUGCAGAUUGCUGCAAAUGGAAUGGAGUUGAAUGCAAUAACCAAACAGGUUAUGUUGAAAGACUUGAUCUGCAUGGAUCUUCUUCAAAAUAUUUGAGCGGUGACAUCAAUCCUUCAAUAGCCAUGCUUCAACAUCUAAAUUAUCUAGACCUUAGUUUUUUGAAUAAUAGAGGUGAAAUCCCAAAAUUUAUUUGCUCCUUGAGUAAAUUACAAUACCUUAAUCUCUCAAAUGGCUUUUAUAAUGGCGAGAUUUCUUGUCACCUUGGAAAUCUCACACAAUUGCAACACCUUGAUCUCAGCGACAAUGAAUUGAGUGGAGCAAUUCCUUUUCAACUUAGAAAUCUGUUACGAUUGCAACACCUUGAUCUCAGCUACAAUGAACUCAGUGGAGCAAUUCCUUUUCAACUUGGAAAUCUCACACAACUGCAAGACCUAGAUCUCAGCCACAAUAAUCUUGUUGGAGAUAUCCCUAUGCAACUCAGAAAUCUUUCAUUGUUGGAGUCUCUUAUGCUCGGUUACAAUUCUGAUCUUAGAAUCAAGUGGCGAACUCAAGCGAAUGUUGAGUGGCUAUCCAACCUCUCUUUUUUGAGAAAUCUUGACUUGAGUAGAGUUCAAAAUCUCAACGAUUCUGCUCAUCACGCCUUGCAAUUCAUCGGGAAGCUUCCAAUCCUAGAAAAGCUGUCUCUAAGUCAAUGUGGCCUUUCUGACGUCAAUAUCCCUUUGUUAUCUGAUUCCCAUUUGAACUUUUCCACUUAUCUUACUAUCCUUGAUGUAGAUAAGAAUCAGUUAACAUCAUCGAUGAUAUUCCACUGGGUAUUUAAUUACAGUUCCAAUCUUCAGUACCUUGACUUGUCUCAUAACUUUUUAAGAGGUGUCAUUCCAGAUGAUUUUGGCACUUCAAUGCACUCACUUGUGACACUCAAUCUGCCUUACAAUAGUAUAGAGGGCAUCCCUAAAUCCAUUGGAAAUGUAUCCUCCUUACAACAUUUGUCAUUAUCGUAUAAUCAUAUUUCUGGCACGUUACCGGACCUUUCUUUUCCCUUGUCUUUGAGAUGGUUAUCACUUGGUGGAAAUAAACUCAUUGGAGAAAUACCCACGAGCAUCGGAUUGCUUACAGAGUUAGAGAUUUUGGGCCUGGGCGAUAACUCUUUUGAAGGUAUAAUCUCUGAAUCUCAUUUCACAAACCUCUCCAAAUUGAAGAACCUAGAUUUGUCUCAAAACUCCUUGACUAUGAAAGUUAGUGAUCAAUGGGUUCCUCCUUUUCAAUUAAUAUAUUUUGGUUGUUCAUCUUGCAAUUUUGAUUUUACAUUUCCUAAUUGGCUUCAAACACAAAAUCAUUUAUUAUCGCUUUACCUUUCAAAUGUCUGUAAUCUACCUCCAAUACCUCACUGGUUUUGGGGCAAAUUGCAAACACUGUCUGUCGUGAGCAUUCCCAAUAGCAAUCUUACAGGAAGGAUUCCCAAUUUGGAACUCAAGCUAGUCCAAAGUUCUUAUAUAGAUUUGAGUUCAAAUAAACUACAAGGUCACAUUCCUUCUUAUUUACUUCAAGCAGGAACACUCUAUCUUUCCGAUAAUAAAUUUUCAGAUCUUGUUUCUUUUCUAUGCAACAAAAAUAAUCCUAACGUUUUAGUAAUUUUUGAUAUAUCAAACAACCAAUUAAAAGGUGAGUUGCCGGAUUGUUGGAGUAAUUUAACCUCAUUACAAUAUGUUGACAUGAGCAAUAACAAGUUGUCUGGAAACAUUCCCUUCUCAAUGGGAACCCUUGUUAGCAUGGAAGCUUUGAUUUUAAGAAAUAAUAGUUUAAGUGGUCAACUCUCUUCCUCAUUGAAGAAUUGCUCAAACAAGUUGGCUUUUCUGGACCUUGGGGAAAAUAUGUUUCAUGGUCAAAUACCUUCAUGGAUUGGAGAUAGCUUGCAACAGUUAGUCAUCUUAAGCCUUCGAUUCAAUAACUUCUACGGAAAUAUACCUUUGAAUCUAUGUUAUUUGAGAAAGCUUCGAGUCUUGGAUUUGUCACUAAAUAACUUAUCAGGAGGAAUCCCAACUUGCGUACAAAAUUUUACUUCAAUAGCUCAAAACUUCGUGAACUCAACUACAUCAAUGUUGCAUUUGUAUAAUCCCGGGAAUGGAACUUUUUACAUGAGUUAUGUUUUCAACUUAUUCCUGACAUGGAAAGGUGUAGACCGACCUUACACAAACGCAGAUGUUUUUCUAAAAAGCAUUGAUCUCUCAUGUAACCAUCUGACAGGGAAAAUACCAACUGAAAUAGAGUACUUACGUGGUUUGAUUUCCUUAAAUUUGUCAAGUAACAAUCUCAGUGGGGAAAUCAUAUCUAACAUAGGAAACUUAAAGUUCCUAGAAUUUCUUGAUUUGUCAAGAAAUCACUUAUCAGGCAGAAUUCCUUCUAGUUUAACUUAUAUUGAUCGUCUCACUAUGUUGGAUUUGUCAAACAAUCAGCUUUUUGGAAAAAUUCCAAUUGGAACACAGUUGCAGACAUUCAAUGCUUCAAGUUUUGAAGGAAAUUUUGAUCUGUGUGGCGAACCACUUGAUAGAAAAUAUCCAGGAGAAGACCCACCAAAACAUCAAGUGCCACCAACUGAUGAUGUUGGAGAUGAGAAUUCAAUAUUUUUGGAAGCAUUAUACAUGAGCAUGGGGAUAGGAUUCUUCACUGGUUUUGUUGGCUUGGUAAGCUCAAUAUUUUUACUAUCCUCUUGGAGAGAAACCUAUUCCAAAUUCUUGAACACUUUGAUAUUGAAAGCCUUCAUGUGGUGGAAGGAGUGAAUGUACGAUGAACAGAAUCUCUAGCUGUACCGUACUGGAUGAGUGCAUGCUUUGAUGUUUUAGAAUAAUGGAUAGGAUGAAUACCUCGAUAGAGUUUGAUUGUGUUUUGUUAAGCUUUCAAGUUUGUUACUUUUCGUAUGGAAAUGUAAUCAUUAUAUGUUAUCAACUUAAUACCUAAUAACAUGCACUACUAGAAAAAAUAACUUU